AUGUUGUUCAAGUCGCUUUGUAGCCCUUACAACGGGUUUAAUAGUGGCAGUUGCCUUUUACGAAAUGUUCGUGCGCUCUCUAUACUAGGAGCUUUGAAGCCCUCAGAGGGAUCCACAAAAGGUUUUAAGAGACUAGGUAGAGGUCCUUCUAGUGGUAAAGGUAAGACUUCUGCUAGAGGUCAAAAGGGUCAAAAGGCUCGUGGUAAAGUCAAAUCGUGGUUCGAAGGUGGUCAAACUCCCAUCUAUAAACUAUUUCCAAAAAUUGGUUUCACCAAUGUCAAUGCAAGACCUUUGAAAGAAUUGAGUUUGCAAAAAAUUCAGUGGUUCCAUGACGCUGGAAGAUUAUUUCUUGAGCCAGGUGAAGUGUUGGAUAUGAAGAAAAUGAAAGAUUUGGGACUAGUAACAGGGCCAAUAAGACAUGGAAUCAAGAUUCUCGCUAAUGGUAAGUCUCUUUAUAAUCUACCGAUCAAGAUUGAAGCAUCCAAGGCUACUAUUGAUGCCAUUUCAGCAAUCGAAAAGGCUGGCGGUGAGUUUACGGCCCGUUAUUACAAUAGAUUGGGACUUAGAGCACAUCUUUCACCCGAAUGGUUUUUAGAGAGAAGAGGGAGACUACCACUACAGGCGAGACCUACUAGAAGAAAGGAUAUCGAAUAUUACAGUAAUGAAUCCAAAAGGGGUUAUCUGAUUAAAGAGAACGAUCAGCUUUUACAGGGUAUCCAAGAGGCAAGAGCAAAGGGCUCAGCUCAUAUUCAUAGAAAGAGCGCAAGAAAGAACGCUCUUUUGUCACAGUUGGAAAACAUGUCUUCAGAAUCGGACAUCCCUGUAAGUAUAGACUCCAAGAUAAUAAGUUGGGAUCAACUGCAAGAGCAGCAAAAGCGCAAUUAG